AUGUCUCGCAGAUACCUCUUUCUGCUGGCGGCGGCUGUCGUCAUGCUGUAUUUCUCAAUAAUCAUAUUUAUGUUGAGCCCUUUACACGGCGCGAGAGAUUCGUUGUACGAGCAUGGUUCCUUGAAUAGUUUCGCGUUUCGGCAGCUACCUGUAUUACAUUGGUGCCAGGGACUGCAGUGGAAAUCGCCACCUUCACCUCAUGUUGUGGCAUUAGUCUCAUUUCCUGGGAGUGGGAAUACAUGGUUGAGAUAUUUGCUACAGCAAGCCACAGGUAUAGUCACAGGGUCUGUAUACAUGGACUAUGGGUUGAGAGUACACGGCUUUCCAGCUGAGAAUGUUACAGAUGGUUCGGUACUGGUAGUUAAAACACAUGAGGCGCCACCAUUGGAUCCAAACAAGUUUAAAUCAGCGUUACUGUUAAUAAGAAACCCCAGAAAUGCAAUACUGGCCGACUUUAACAGAGUCCACAAAGGUCACAUAGGAACCGCUCCAAAAUCAGCCUUCCAGAGAAAAUCCUAUAAUCGUGAUAAAUCAGAUUGGUCGUACUACGUGGCGAACCAGUUGACUGCGUGGGAGUCUUUGCACCGGUUGUGGUUGACUAAGUUCCCGGGCGCGGUGCACGUGGUCUUUUAUGAGACCCUGAUCAGCGACACCAGGAAUACAUUGCAGGGAGUGCUGGAUUUUCUCAACCAUACCGUCUCAGAGGCCGAGAUGAACUGUGCGAUAUCAAACAAAGAGGGGAUAUACAGACGCAAAAAAAAGAUUAAAAACUUCGAUCCUUACUCGUCAGAGAUGUACCGAGCCAUACAGGACACUCAGGACAGGGUACUGGACAUAGUAAACGGAUACCAAACCAAACGAGGCAACGGUACUGCCAGAAGUAACAAUAUAGAAUGGAAAGUGCUAAGAUCAUCCAGAUCAAAGGAAGAUAAAGAUCUAUUGGGUGAAGCUAUCGUAAGAAGGCCUGAAGGAAAGCCCUUAGGCCUUCCUACGAUAGCCCUUAGGCCUUCCUACGAUAGCUUCGAAGUGUUAAAUUGA